AAUUUUACAUAUGAUGCUUUCGCUCGUCCUACCCACGGUGUUGAACGUGCUCGCGCCUCUCUUUCUACGAUUUUUCUCAACGGACAGCAGAUUCAAACUUCAUUCAAGCACAAGCGCUGCUGCGCACAUGAUGCGAUGCUUGUUCUUAUCCAGCGAUGCAAUUACGCGUGAUAAACAGGGGAGGCUUUUCCGAACUGACACACGACCCGACCCAACGACGUACAGCGCCACGGCUGGAAAAUCGAUAAAUUUUUCCCCCCUCCCUCUGGUCGGACUUGUCAAAAUACAACACACCACAAGAAAGGACAUUCACCUGCAGCAGAAGUUUUCUAAUUUUCUGUUUGAUUUUUUGGAAUUUUGCGUUCGACUGGCGUCGAAGAUUCGGGGAUGUUGAAGUCCGAAUUCCAGCACCAGUUUUGGGUCACCAAAAAGGCGGUGCAACGGAAGCUCGGUUCCAAAGAGGACGAAAAUAUUGUGGCUUCUGAUGGGGAAUUGGAUGCAAAGAUUGAGCUAUUUCAAUCGGUGGCCGACAGUUCUCGACAGCUGUAUCGCAUCAUCGACCAAUAUCAGGAAAGAGUGUGCAUUCUAGCUCAAGAGGAAAAUUCCUUGGGGAAAUUUCUGCGCGAGGUCAGCAAGGAAUGUCCCACCACGGGCAAGCUAAUGUCCAACACGGGUAAGGCGAUUUCCUACUGCGGCCAGCAGCGUAUUACGAUCCGGGUGCCUUUGCUGCGUCUUCAUCACGAUGUGCAAACGUUCAAAGGGCGUGCCAUAGUGGACACACAGAAGACGCUCCAGGUGAUGGAACGGGAACGAACCGAGUACCGGGCGGCACUGAGCUGGAUGAAGUCGGUCAGUAUCCAGCUGGAUCCGGAUACCGGCAAGGGGCUGGAGAAGUUCCGCAAGGCCCAGCGGCAUGUGAAGACGGCCAAGACGAAGUUCGACAAGUACACCUUGGACUGCUUGGAGAAGAUCGACCUGCUGGCCGCUGCAAGAUGCAAUAUGUUUUCCCACGCCUUAGUCGGCUAUCAGAACUCGCUGCUGCAGUUCGCCAAGAAAAGCAACGACACCUACAGGGCAGCACUGAAGAGCCUCUCGAAGGAUCCACACUAUAACUUCUCGAUUCUGAAGGAGCUCACCCAAGCUAAUCCGAACGCCAAAGAAGGCGAAGCGGAAGGAGAGGACCAAGUGGACAAGCCUGCCGACGAUGAUCAGAUGCUAUUCUUUCAGGAUGAAUUCAAAGACGACGAAGCCGACGGGAAGCAGAAAGAGACCAAGCCGUCGAUUUCCAACCCGGAAGAUGACGAUCAACUCUUGUCCGAUAUUCCAACGGCCUUGAACGACCUUCUGUCAGGAAUCCCUCAGCUUGAGCUUAACACAGAUGCAGAGCCCAAGGCACGAACCGAACCGGCCGCUAGUUCGGCGGACCUUCUGGGUCUAACGGUGGAUGAUGAAUUUUCCGACUUCCUUUCUUCGCCGGCCCCAUUCUUGCCAUCGACAUUGCUCACCAAUCCGGAAUCUAUGGAGCAGUCUACCAUGGAUCAGCUUUCCGGUCUAGAUCUGCCCUCGACAUCAGGGGCUGCAAACUCCAAGGUCGAGAAGACGUCCAAUGAUAUCUUCGGAAGUUUCCUGUCGAGUAUUUCUAAGACUGCUAAUCCCGGUGGAGCAGUUAGUCAUCCGUCUGAAACGAGGAAACCUCAAAAGGACGCCAAAACAGGCAAGGACCUCUCCGGAUGGUAUCAGUUGUUUGCCGAGUUGGAUCCGCUUUCCAAUCCGGACGCUAUUCCGUCCAAGGCUGAUGCGCCUACCAAUAGCUUAGCCGCGUAGGCUGGAAGAUUUUCCGCAGGUUCUUAACUGAAUGUUAUGGGAAAACUGGCUUGCUAAAUCAAACGUUAUUGCUAUGAAUUGUGUUAUACUUUAUGAUUCCAAUCGAUUGAGACGGUGAUGAGCCAUAUGAUGCAGAGGAUUGUGCGAUAUAUUCAUUUUAUUAUCUAUAUAUAAGCUACUUUGCAUGUAUGUAAUACUGUCACGUGCUUCACUUAUGAAAAUCAAUAAAAAUCGAGUGAAUGUGAAAAGCUGGAUAAA